AUGUCACAGCCAUGGGAUUACAUCGCUAAACUUGUCUGUAUUGGUGACUCCGGGACCGGGAAAUCCAGCCUGACUAUCCGACUAUGCGAGGGUCGAUUUUCUUCAACGCACGAUGUUACAAUCGGCGUCGAGUUUGGAUCUCGCAUUGUUCCAGUCGGCCCGCCUGCGUCGAGAGAUUUGGAAGCAGAUCCUGAAAUACACCUCCCCAACGAUGUCCCUCCCGACCAAGAUCCGUCCUUAGCGCAUCUUGAGGACUCCAACACACUCGUCGUCUCCGGACUGCCAAAUCCUCCUCAAAAAGUACAGCAAACACAGAAAAAGAUGAAGUUAUCCCUUUGGGAUACUGCUGGACAGGAAACCUACAAGUCCAUAACUCGAUCGUACUUCCGGGGUGCCUCCGGCGCGCUCCUUGUAUUUGAUAUCACUCGACCGGUCACCUUUACCUCGUGCACCCAGUGGCUUCAGGAUUUACGCCAAAUUGCCGAAGAAGGCAUCGUUGUUAUUCUGGUGGGAAACAAGAGUGACCUUGCAGGAAAUGGGUUGGAUUCGAACCAAAGACGUGUUACUAAGGAGGAGGCAGAGGAAUGGUGCCGCAUGAACAAUGUUGUGCGCUACCUUGAGACGAGUGCCAAGUCAGGCGAAGGAGUGGAACGUGCGUUUCUCGAAGUUGCCGAGCGAAUUUACCGCAAUAUCGAAACGGGCAAGUAUGAUCUUAAUGACCGUCGCAGUGGCGUGAAAAGUUUCGGUGCGUCUGGCGGUGCGAAUAGCAAAAUGCCCAAGACCGUUACGUUAGGAAUGAAUGACGCGAUGCGCAAGGGCGGCAAUAGUCUGGGUGGAAGUUGUUGCUAA